AUGGCGAAUGAGGGGAGUGCCGACAGGACAUCAGAGGUGAGCGUCAACCUACUGCCAGGGUCGAGGGUGCGUAGACGCCAGCUCGGGAUCCUCCCGGUGAUUCUCUCCGUGAGGAAGUCAAGUGCGCUGGCUGGCAGCUUCUGGUCAGAGAGUGGGAGCCGGAGCAGAGAAGACAUCGAGCGCACGCUUGAGAAGGGUGAUCUGUGUAGGCUCCGCACGAACGAGGAGCAGCGUAUCGUCAGCGUAUUGGAUAACCGGGCAGGGGAGAUCAUCGACCAGCGGGUGCAGAAUCCUGGAGUCACUGGACUUGCCGCUCAGACAUUACUCCUAACGCUCAUUGGCCGACCGUACGUGGCGAUGAAGAGAUGCAAGUGCUUUAUCGUCCUUGGCUUGCCCUACUUGCUCCUCCUACAUAUCGUAUCUAGCUAUCUUCCUCAUGCCACCUCCCUUAGCUUCAAUUACAACUUCUCUGAUCCUGCCGUCCUCGCUGGCGCCGAUCUCAAGUACAUGAACGACUCUGUCCGUGCUUUCAACCGGAUCGACCUGACCAACCAGUCGAGGAGGUGGAGCACAGGCCGCGUAGCACACGGGCAGGCGGUGCGCCUCUGGGACGAUAGCACCGGCGAGAUCGCCAGCUUCACCAGCAACUUUGUCUUUGCCAUUAAACCUGCCAGUAAUAGUUACCCCGAGGCAAAUCUUGUAUGCGUCUGUCGUUUCCUUAACAACACCUUUGCGCUACAGAGAGCUGAUGGUAUGGCGUUCUUCGUUGGGCCUUACCCGCCGACCAUGCCCACAGGCGCGUUCGCCGGCCACCUCGGGUUGUUCAACGACCGUGACAACCCCUUCUUCCCGCCGACUGUCGGUGUGGAGUUCGACACGUACCGGAACCUCGAGUGGGACCCCAGUAAUACGACCUGCCACAUCGGGGUGAACGUCAACAGCAUCACGUCGACUCAGUACACAGCGCUGCCGGACCUGAGCUUGAACGGAAUCAUGGCGGCGUCGGUCAGGUACGACGCUAAGGCGGUGACGCUCUCGGCCACCCUACGAUUCAUCGACCAGCCAGGACAGAGUACAUACACUGUCAGCGCCAACGUCAACCUGCGGGACGCCGGUCUGCAGCAGGAUGUGGCGGUUGGGUUCUCGGCGGCCAUCGGGGAUCGCAUCCAGCAGCAUCAGAUUCUUUCCUGGUCAUUCGAGUCCACCGUGACCGGACCGAGGAGAUCAUCAAGACAUGCCGUUGUCCUUGCAGCCACUCUCUCAGUCGGAACACUGCUCGUGCUACUCUUCGUGCUCGUCGGUGCUUACACGCUGAGGAGAAGGAUAAGGGCGAACAAGACACCACGAGAUGAUGCUAGAGAAGAGAGUCCGGAGCAAUUUACUCUGGCAUUGCUAAAGGCUGCGACGGGCAACUUCGCCGUGGAAAACAAGCUGGGAGAGGGAGGUUUUGGGCAGGUUUUCAAGGGCAUACUGCCGAAUGGGCAAGUGAUAGCAGUGAAAAGGCUCUCCCAGAGUUCGGCGCAGGGAUUCCACGAGCUGAAGAACGAGCUGUUGCUGGCCGCCAAGCUUCUGCACAGGAACAUCGUGCGACUCCAUGGGGUCUGCUUGGAGGAGCGAGAGAAGCUCGUGGUGUACGAGUAUCUGCCAAACAGGAGCCUAGACACCAUCCUUUUUGAUAACAGGAGGCCGCGACGGUAUGGCCUGGACUGGGAGAAAAGGUACACGAUCAUAUUUGGGAUCGCUCGUGGUUUGAUGUAUCUCCACGAGGAUUCUAAUAUGAGGGUCAUCCACCGAGACCUCAAGCCCAACAAUGUCCUGCUGGACGAGAACAUGCACCCCAAGAUCUCAGAUUUCGGUCUGGCUCGAGCGUUUAUGGGAGACCAAUCCAAAGAUGUCACCAAACGAGCAGCUGGUACCCUUGGGUAUAUGUCGCCGGAAUACGCCUACAAUGGGCACGUCUCCACCAAGUCGGACAUGUACAGCUUUGGAGUCAUCGUGCUAGAGAUCGUCACGGGUCGGAGGAACAGCAGCCCAUGCCAAGACGCUAACUCCAACAACUUGUUAAGUGAUGUGUGGGAGAAGUGGAGGGCCGGGAAAGCAGCGGAGAUAGCGGACGUGUCGCUGGGCGACCACUACCCUCGGUCCGAGAUGCUCAACUGUGUGCACAUUGGGCUCCUCAGCGUCCAGAAGAAACCGGAGAUGAGGCCCAAAGCGUCGGAGGUCAUGCUGAUGUUGAGCACCCAGUCCAUGUCACGUCCGACGCCCUCCAGGCCGGCGUUUUACUCCGGGCACUCCACCAGCGGAAACGUCUCCAAGAAUGGCGUGACCAUGUCUGAGCUUCAACCGAGGUAGCUGGAUUCGCAAAAAGAAAUCUUGAUAUGGUAGAACAAUUUCAAAAAAAGACGAAGGUCACAAUGCACAUGGUACAUGUA